AUGUGCAUCCAGGUGACCAAAAUCUUCCUGUGCGCCUGUCCGCACCGCAACGACGCCGUGUGCCCGCACGCACAAUACGUGCGCGAGUCGGCCGACGAGGUACGCGCCGCCCAGCACGUCGACGGCAGCUGGGCCACGCGCCUGCCGUCGGCGCUACAGGGCCACACCGACUGGACACCCGUGCCGGGCUCGAGCAAGUGGGAGCACUGCGGGAGCUACCGGCUGCACCACCGCUCCGAGACGACGGGGAAGCCCGUGCCGGGCAAGGAGGCGGCGUGUCCCGAGACGGUCCUGGGCGCGGGCCUCGGGGCGGUGCGGAGCGAGAUCGACACGGGUUUGUGCGAGGCCUGUGUUGGCGGGCAC